AUGGCAAGCAGAACAGGUGGUGAAGGCAAAGAAGCCAUAAAUGAACAAGUAAUCGCCAACACUUACGCCAACAUGCGUACCGAAAUGAACCAGCUAUACACGAAGAUCACAGAGCUGGAGAUGGAGGUCAGUGAGCACUCCCUUGUGAUCGGUGCGAUCGAGCCGCUGGAUCCCUCAAGGCGGUGCUACAGGAUGAUUGGUGGCGUCCUGGUAGAGCGGACCAUCAAGGAGGUCCUGCCUGCUGUGAAGCGCAAUAAGGAGGGCCUUGAAGAGGUGAUUGCUCGCAUGCAUGAGGCACUGGAGAGGAAGAAGAAAGAGAUCACCGAGUUUGAGCUCAAAUACAAGAUCAGGAUCCGGAAGGCUGACAAUGACGCUGAGGAUGAAGGUGGCAAGAAGGAAGGCACUGCGCAGGGAGUCCUUGUUGGUCCUGCCGGACAGUAA